AGGCGUCGAUGAAUGUGGACAAUUUGUCUAAGUGUCAUCAUUCAAUUAUUCCUCGCCCAAGGUUAUUUCGAAUUUUCAUAUUGAUCAUAACAUUAACUUGUACAUGAAUGAUAUAAUAAUUUAUCAUGCAUGCAAUAUAGUAUUCAAUCUAUUCAAUAUGCAAGUACUCUUGAUAUUCUAAUUAGUAACAAGGUGAUAUCAAUUUUUAAAACACGAUAAAAUCUUCCUGCUGUCAAUUGUUUUUUUUUAUUUGAGAUUUGACAUUUUUUAUUAAAUUUUUCGUAUAUCUUUUCAUUAUGGUGUCGUAUAAUAUGGUAAGAUAUUUUAAAUGUUUGCCUUCUUUGAAUUUAAUUUCUAUCAAGGAUUACCUGGUAAAGAGUGCAUUUAUUUGGGCUAAGGGAGAAAUUUCAGAUUAUGGGUUUGGUACAGCUUAUAAAUGGCGAAGUUUACCAGGGGGUUUACAAGAAGCUAGACGUACUGGAAAACCUAUUUUUUUGCUUAUUCAUAAAAUUACUUGUCCUUCAUGUCAAAAAUUGAAAGAAAAGUUUUCUAGAUCAAUCAAGCUUAUUGACCUCAGUAAUUAUUUUGUGAUGAUUAACGUUGAAAAUUCAUCUGAUAUAUUAUCAUAUUACAAGGAAUAUACUCCUGAUGGAAAAUAUGUCCCGAGAAUUCUUUUUUUCACCUACGAUGGUCAACUCAUUCAUAAUGCUUAUAAUCGUCAUCCCGAUGCAGAUCCUAAUCAUCGCUAUUAUUAUAGCUCUCCUGCACAAAUAAUUGAUGUAAUGCAGCAAGUUAUUGACAAUAAAAGUAGAAAUCCUCUACCAGAAUCUCCAACAACAAAAAGUUAGAGCAUAUUUCCAUGACAACAGAAAGAAGACUUAAAUAUCAUAUAAUCAGAAUGGUAUUAUUGAUUACUAAGACAUUAAAAAAUGAAGUAUUGACAUUAAUAUUGGUUCCAAUAAAUUAGAAAAAAAAAAUA